AUGAUCUCAACGGCCUCUGCAUUUUAUCAUAAGCAUAGAGUAAAUUUACUGCGUUCAUCAUACAUCAUAUUAUUGCUAGCUACACUUUACAAUUCAAAUUCGGGUUCUAGCAACAACAGGACUGAUAAAAAGGAUUCUGAGUCAACGGUUUUAGAUAAUAAGAAGGUUGGAGAAGGAAAAGAAGCGGAAGCAGACAAAGAGGAAAAUGAAAGUAGUAAAGAAGAGUUAACGAUAAUAUCUAAACAUAGUACAGAUUUAGAAGAGGGUACAAUAACGAUUGAUAAAGAAAGCAAGACUAACCAGAAAGACGUACAGCGAAAAGGAAAGGUAGAUUUUUUGUUCAAACUUUUACUCCAUGAUAAGAAGUGCCUCAUUUUGUUUAUUACACAGGCUAUUCUUUUAAACAUUAGGACCCUGUUGUCUCUUCGCGUGGCUACUUUGGAUGGUCAAUUAGUGUCCACACUAGUAAGAGCUCAAUACGCAAACUUCGCAAAAAUCCUGUUGGGCAAAUGGAUGAUUCUUGGAAUUCCCGCUAGUUUCAUUAAUUCACUGAUCAGUUACACGACGAAACUAUGUGCUGUUACUAUCAAUAGGAAGGUGUCGGACUUUUUGCUUUCAAAGUAUUUAUCUAACCACCAUACGUUCUAUUCGGUAGCUUCUGCUGAAUCUGUUUCAGAAAUUCAGGAUAAUUUGACAAGGGAUAUUUACACAUUUUCAAUGAAUUCAUCAUUACUACUGAAUCAGCUUCUAAAGCCGAUGCUGGACUUAAUUCUCUGUUCGUUUAAAUUAUUAACUUCAAAUACUAGUGUUAUGGGUGAAGGAACAUUGGCGCUGGGUUUAAUCGUCUAUGCCUCCAAUUCAUUACUGAAAUUGAUCCAGCCAAAUUUCACUAGAUUAACGAUGGCAAGCGCGUCUUUGGAAAGUUGGUUCAGGUCUUUACACUCAAACCUGCAUUCAAGCAAUGAAGAAAUUGCACUACUUAGAGGGCAAAAGAGAGAGCUGGAAAACGUUGAUUAUUCAUUCUACCGUUUAGUCCUCUUCUUAAACAGAGAAAUAAAAGCAAGAGCUAUUUAUGAUGUUGCUACUGCAUUUGUCAUCAAAUACACUUGGGGUGCAGCUGGCUUAGUAUUGUGCUCGAUUCCAAUAUUUUUCAAAAACAAUCCAAGUGAGGACACCCUGGAACUAAAGGAACCCAAGAAUGACAUGACAGCCGAUUUCAUUACCAAUAGAAGAUUACUGGUUACUGCAUCGAGUUCUAUCGGAAGAUUUGUGGAACUGAAGAGGAAUAUACAACAAUUACGCGGCAUUAGAUUGAGAUUGAAUAAGUUCAAUGAUUUGUUGGAUGCUAAUAAAGGUGAUGGCGAUAAGGAACCAAGUGAUGAAGGAUGUAUAGUGAAAUAUGAUGACUCCAGAAUAAAGUUUGAAAAUAUUCCUUUAAUAACACCUGCCAACCAAGUUCUAAUUCCUGAGCUAAGCUUUGAUUUGGAGCAUGGAAAUCAUCUGCUAAUUAUUGGGCCCAACGGUUGCGGUAAGUCAUCAUUGUUCCGUAUUCUAGGUGGACUAUGGCCGAUAAGAGCUACUCCCAAUAAAAAUCACCAAUCAAAGUUAAUAAUGCCGCGUAGAACUGUGGAUAGAGAUUGCGCAAUCUUUUACUUACCCCAAAGGCCUUAUAUGGGAAAUAGGUCAACAUUUAGGGAACAGAUCAUUUACCCAGACAGUAUUGAACAAUUCGAAGAAAAGUAUCAUAAUGAUUACGAUUUAGGCGAUGCCGAUUUAGUAAAGAUUUUACAGUUAUUAGAUUUGGAGGAUUUAGUCACUGAAAAUAUGUCACUUCUGCUUGCGCAAAGGACUUCCAAAAAUGAUGCACAACAAUUGUCGACGGAGGAUAAUCAGUCUCCAUGCACCAUCAAGAUUCGUGAUGCAUUCAGUAUAGUAAGAAACUGGUCCGAAGAAUUAACAAUUGGUGUUCAGCAAAGGUUAGCCAUGGCAAGAAUGUACUAUCACAAACCCAAGUUUGCCGUGCUCGACGAAUGUACGUCUGCAGUAGCGCCAGAAAUGGAACAAAGGAUGUACGAAAAUGCACAAAAAUUUGGUAUCUCAUUAAUAUCAGUUUGCCAUAGAACAAGUUUAUGGCAUUUCCACAACUAUCUUUUAAAAUUUGAUGGAAAGGGCGGAUAUCAAUUUGGACCCUUCAAACCCGAGGAGAGGUUAAGUAACGAAGAAAAACUGCUUGAACUAAAUGCCAUAUUGGACCAACAGGUACCACUUUGGGAGAGGAAGUUAAAGGAUUUAACAAUUGCUAAAGAAUCGAAUAUCAUUCGCAAAUCAGAAACCAACCUGAAUCUUUUCGAAAAAGUCGAAGAUCCAAAAACGUCCAAAUCCAAUGCAUUAUUUAAUCUAAAUAAAGAGCAACGGAUCACAUCACCUACAGGGCAGGAGACUAGCAAGAGAUUACCACUAUUUCCCAAAUCAUCCCCUUCAGCAUCAUCAAAUUUAUUAAGAAACAACAAAAUUAUGAACAAAAAAGUUAAAAACAAAAAGGAACAAGGAAAAGAGAGAUAA